AUGGUCCUCCCCGGCCUCCCCAGGUACUGGUGGCCCUCCCCAAAGUACUGGUGGCCCUCCAGUACUGGUGGCCCUCCCCAAGUACUGGUGGCCUCCCAAACUCUGGUGGCCCUCCCAAGCACUGGUGGCCUCUGGUACUGGCCCUCUGAUGCUGGUGGCUCCCAGUACUGGUGGCCCUCCCCAAGUACUGGUGGCCCUCCCAAACUGGUGGCCCUCCCAGAACUGGUGGCCUUCCCAAGUACUGGUGGCCCUCCCCAAGUACUGGUUGGCCUCCCCAAGCACUGUGGCCCUCCCCAAUACUGGUGGCCUCCCCAAGUACUGGUGGCCCCUAGUACUGGUGGCCCUCUGGGCUCCCAGUACUGCGUGUCACUCCCAAGGCCUGGUGGCCUCCCAGGCCUGGUGGCCUCUAGUCACUGGUGGCCCUCCCAAUACUGGUGGCCCUCCCCAAGUGCUACGGUGGCCCUCCCAAGCACUGGUGGCCCUCCCAAGAACUGGUGGCCCUCCCCAAGCUUGGUGGCCUGGUGGCCCUCCCAAGUACUGGUGGCCUCCCCCAGACUGGUGGCCCUCCCAGAGACUGCAGUGGCCCUCCCCAAGCACUGGUGGCCCUCUCCAAGUGCUGGUGGCCCUCCCAAGCUACUGGUGGCCCUCCCAGAACUGGUGGCCUCCCAGUACUGGUGGCCCUCCCAAGUACUGGUGGCCUCUAAUGCUGGUGGCCCUCCCCAACCAAUUGGCCCUCUGGUGGCCCUCCCAAGUACUGGUGGUACUGGUGCUCCUCAUGCUGGUGGCCUCUCAGGCACUGGUGGCCCCUCCCCAAGUACUGGUGGCCCUCCAAUGCUGGUGGCCCUCCCGAAUGCUGGUGGCCCUCCCCAGAACUGGUGGCCCUCCCCAAGAACUGGUGGCCCUCCCAAGAACUGGUGGCCCCUCCCCCUGGUGAGCCCUCCCAGGACUGGUGGCCCUCUCCAGUGGCCUCCCAGGCUGGUGGCCCUCUCAAGUACUGGUGGCCCUCCCAAAGACUGGUGGCCCUCCCAAGAACUGGUGGCCCUCCCCAGAGACUGGUGGCCCUCCCCAAGUACUGGUGGCCCUCCCAAAGAACUGGUGGCCCUCCUAGACUGGUGGCCCUCCCAAGAACUGAUGGCCCUCCCUAGUACUGGUGGCCCUCCCAAGUGCUGGUGGCUCCCAAGAACUGGUGGCCCUCCUAUACUGGUGGCUCUUCAAGUACUGGUGGCCCCUCUUCAAGUACUGGGGCUCACCCAAGAAGUGGUGGCCCUCCCCAAGAACUGGUGGCCCUCCUUAAGUACUGGUGGCCUCCACUUGAGGUCCUCCUGGUGGCCCUCCCCAAGUACUGGCUUCUCCCAAGUACUGGGCCCUCCCACUGGCUUCCCUCCCAUGUGUGGUCCUGUGUUGGCUCCAGAUGCUGCUGGAGGGGUCCUAGUGCUGGGUCCUGGGUGUUGGCUCCCAGAUGCUGAGCAAUGGGUCCAUGUGCUGGGUCCUGUGUUGGCUGCUAG